AUGCUCGGACGCUGGGGCGGCUAUGUGUUGUUCGGCCUCCUGGCCGUAGCCGACGUGCAUGCGAUUGGACAGGCUACCUGUGUCACAUUCUCUCCCUCUGCGUCCUCUUUCCCAGUUGUCAGCAAUGGCGUGGCUGCGCCAAUUCUUCUUUCUGAAGAUGAUUGGGGAGGUGUGCAACGUACCGCGUACGACUUCGCCAUGGACAUUCACAAUGUGACCGGGGUAAUGCCUCUACUGCUCAACGUCAGUAUCCCUGCGACCAGUACCAAUCUCAGCCUUGCUAGUAUAAGGCCCAUAAUUGUCGGUACAUUGGGACAGUCGUCGCUCAUCGAUGAGGUGGUGCAAAACACGAACCUGGAUGUCUCGAGCAUCGACGGACAGUGGGAAGCAUUCAUGACACGCGAGGUGGCAAACCCUCUCCCGGGUAUCAGCAGCGCGUAUGUCAUGAUUGGCGCGGACAAGCGAGGUACCAUCUAUGCGAUGUAUGACCACUCCGAACAAAUAGGCGUCUCUCCGUGGUAUUGGUGGGCUGAUGUCCCUACGAAAACACACUCUGAGAUCUAUGUGGACUCUGCUGGAUGUGCCCAUGGAUCCCCCACAGUGAAGUAUCGUGGUAUUUUCCUGAACGACGAGCAGCCUGCUCUUCAGGGCUGGGCCAUGGUACGGUUCACGAACGGUACCGGCGCUGCGCUCACAGACUCGCCGUUCAACCAUUUCUUCUAUACGAAGCUGUUCGAGCUUUUGCUCCGGAUGAAGGCGAACUACUUAUGGCCAGCGAUGUGGUCAAGUGCAUUCGGUGUCGACGACACAUUGAACCAACCUCUGGCCAACUGGUAUGGAAUAGUCAUGGGCACCAGUCAUGAAGAGCCGAUGAUGCGGUCGAUUCCAGUUGAAUGGACUCUGUUCGGCGUAGGUCCUUGGGAUUACAGCACGAAUGCGCAGAAUAUCUAUGACUUCUGGGUCGUUGGUGCCGAUCGUGGCAAGCCGUACGAAAACGUCUGGACUGUGGGCAUGCGAGGGGAUGGUGACUUGCCAUUGGCCGGUGGUCAGAACAUCGCACUGCUUGAGGAGAUAAUCGCAGAUCAGCGGCAGAUAUUGAGCAACACCUAUCCGGGAGUGAAUGUCACCACGAUUCCGCAGAUGUGGUGUCUAUAUCAGGAAGUGCUGGGGUACUACGAAGACGGAAUGACUGUCCCAGACGAUGUCACUCUUUUGUGGACUGAUGAUCUAUAUGGGAAUAUUGAACGCCUUCCCACACUGUCUGAGCGAAACCGUACUGGUGGUGCCGGUUACGAUCUGGUCGGAGGCGUGCGAGACUACAAGUGGAUCACGACUUACGAGCAAAUGUCCCUCGCGGUCGCCCGCAAUGCCACGCGGAUCUGGAUCCUAAACGUAGGCGAUCUAAAGCCAUACGAAAAAGAAAUAGAAUUCUUCAUCGCGCUCGGCUGGGAUUCGUCGGUGUGGAACAUCAACAAUAUUGACACCUACGUCGAACUGUGGGCUCAGCGCGAGUUCGGGCUUUCGUCUGAAGAUGCUGCGACGGUGGCCGAUGUGAUCGCGAACAUCACCCGCUUCAAUUCGAAUAGGAAGCCAGAGCUCCUCAACUCGACUGUCUACAGCUUGUGGAAUUACCGAGAGGCUGAGAACAUGCUGGCCAUGUGGCAAGCCACCAACGAGUCCGCUACUCAAGUUCGCGACUCACUGCCAGCCGAGAUGCUGCCCGCGUAUUUCGAGCUGGUCUAUCAUCCCGUGCAGGCCAGCUACACCCUGGCGAACAUGUGGAUUGCAGCGGGUAUGAAUAAUUUUCGCGCCUCACAAGCCUUCCUCAGCGCCAACGACUAUGCUGCGAUUGUCGAGGAGCUGUUCCAGCAGGAUUGGGAGCUUGAGGUCGAGUAUGAAUCUCAGUUGGACGGCAAAUGGACCCAGAUGAUGAGCCAGACUCAUGUCAUGUAUUCCUACUGGCAGCAACCGCAGGCCAAUACCAUGCCCUAUAUUUCGAGAUAUCAAGCGCAAAAGCAAGCAUUAGCUGGCGCCAUGCGAGUCGCGCCUGAGGGCACCCAGGCUGCCUGGCCGGGCGACAAUCAAUACCAAUGCGCGCAAGGCUACAGCUGCCCGAACCCAUCUCUGUCCAUCGACCCCUACCUGCCUUCCGGCAACAGGUACUUCGACAUCGGCGCCGGUGGACCAGUGCCAUUCAACUUCACGGCGACCAGCAACGUCACUUGGGUGACAAUGUCGCCCGUGGCAGGCUACAUAUCGCCUGACGCGCCCGAGCAGCGAGUCUUCGCCACCGUCGACUGGAGCCAGCUGUCGAGCACGGAAAUCGCAUUGAUCACGUUCGAGGCCUAUCCGCAGGGCCAGCCGUCGAUGUCUCUUACGGCGACGCUGACCGCGAAUUACACGCAGGUGCCGAAUAAUUUCACAGGUUUCGUCGAGGGCGAUGGGUGCGUCUCGAUCGAGGCUGCGCACGCUUCAAGGAAUACUACAGUCGAAGGCAUUACGUGGAUCAAUCUCCCAGGCUACGGCCGGACGCUCUCCGGCGUCACCCCGUGGCCUCGCGGUGGCGACGAGCUCAACUUCACAGUCGGCACCGGUCCCAGCAUUGAGUACGACUUUUACACUUUCAACACCUAUCAGGAUAGCGGCAACGUCUUCAUCACGACCUACGUCUCGCCGUCACAGAACUCGCUUGGGCCGACCCGGCCCCUUGCUAUCGGCAUCCAGGUCGACUCGUGCGAGCCACAAGUGAGCUACUUCGUGCCAGUCGUAACGCCGGGGACACAGCCUGCUGCGUGGGACGGACUUGAUGGCUGGGUGGCGACGAACGUCAAUCCGAUCUACAUGAACUUCACUGCUGAACCGGGCGCCCACACGUUAACACUCUGGAUGAUUGAGCCUACUGUCGUCGUGCAGAAGAUUGUUAUCGGUGUGUCACCAUCUCUGCAACCUAUGAAGUGCGCAUCUUGA